AUGCCUGUGAUGAAGGGGCUGUUAGCCCCCCAGAACACCUUUCUGGACACCAUUGCUACUCGCUUCGAUGGCACCCACAGCAAUUUCCUGUUGGGUAACGCCCAGGGCCACCGUGGCUAUCCCAUCGUCUACUGCUCAGACGGCUUCUGUGAGCUGACGGGCUUCGCUCGCACCGAGGUGAUGCAGAAGAACUGCAGCUGCCAUUUCCUAUAUGGGGCUGACACCAGUGAGCAUGUGGCCCAGCAAAUGGAGAAGGCUCUGGAGGGCAGAGAGGAGUACCAGGCCGAGGUCCACUUCUACAAGAAGAAUGGUAUGGCCUUCUGGUGCCUGUUGGACAUCGUGCCCAUAAAGAAUGAGAAAGGAGAAAUGGUUCUCUUCCUGUUCUCAUUCAAGGACAUCACUGAAACUCAUGGAAAAGGCCACUACAACAGCAAGAAAGAGGUUUCAGAGGACAAAAGACGGAACAGGAAGAGCAGCUCUCACUUCAGCGAGGCCAGGAAGCGUGGGCGCACCAUGCUCUAUCAGCUGACAAGCCAGUUCUCCAGAAGAGGCAAAAGAGAGGUCAAUCUGGGCAACAAUAUGUUUGAGAAGCCGUCACUGCCGGAGUACAAGGUGGCGACAGUGCAGAAGUCCAGAUUCAUCCUGCUCCACUACAGCGUCUCCAAGGCCCUGUGGGACUGGCUCAUCCUACUGGCCACCUUCUACGUGGCCGUCACCGUGCCGUACAAUGUCAGCUUCACCCCAUACGACGACAUUGAGACGGCCGCACGCUCCACCAUUGUCAGCGACAUCGCUGUGGAGAUGCUCUUCAUUCUAGACAUCAUCCUGAACUUCCGCACCACCUAUGUGAGCCAGUCAGGCCAGGUGGUGUACGAGGCACGCUCCAUUUGCAUUCAUUACGCCACAACCUGGUUCUUUGUGGAUCUAGUGGCAGCCCUACCCUUCGACCUGCUCUACGCCUUUAACAUCACAGUGACCUCACUGGUCCACCUGCUCAAGACGGUACGCCUCCUGCGCCUCCUGCGUUUGCUCCAGAAACUGGACCGCUACUCCCAAUACAGUGCCAUGGUGCUGACCCUGCUCAUGUCCAUGUUCGCCCUGCUGGCCCACUGGAUGGCCUGCAUCUGGUACAUCAUUGGACGCAAGGAGAUGGAAAGCAACGAUUCAGACAACUGGGACAUAGGAUGGCUCCACGAGCUGGGCAAACGUCUGGAGACGCCCUAUGCCAACAGCACAGUGGGCGGCCCCUCAGUGCGAAGCUCCUACAUCGCUGCCCUCUAUUUCACCCUCAGCAGCCUGACCAGUGUGGGAUUCGGAAAUGUGUGUGCCAACACUGAUGCUGAGAAAAUCUUCUCCAUCUGCACUAUGCUGAUCGGCGCAUUGAUGCACGCAGUGGUCUUUGGUAAUGUCACAGCCAUCAUUCAGAGAAUGUACUCUCGACGUUCGCUCUACCACACACGCAUGAAGGACCUGAAGGACUUCAUCCGUGUCCACCGGCUUCCCCAGCAGCUCAAGCAACGUAUGCUGGAAUACUUCCAGACCACCUGGUCUGUAAACAAUGGUAUAGAUGCUAACGAGCUCCUCCAUGACUUCCCCGACGAGCUGCGUGCUGAUAUCGCCAUGCACCUGAACAAGGACAUCCUCCAGCUCCCUGUCUUUGAGGGGGCCAGUCGCGGCUGUCUACGUUCGCUCUCCCUCCACAUCAAGACCUCCUUCUGCGCCCCUGGGGAGUAUCUGAUCCGCCAGGGAGAUGCACUACACGCCAAUUACUUUGUCUGCUCAGGUUCCCUGGAGGUGCUCAAGGAUAGCAUGGUGCUAGCCAUACUAGGGAAAGGGGACCUGAUUGGUUCGGAUCUGCCCGACACAGAUCAGGUGAUUAAGACCAAUGCCGACGUGAAGGCCCUGACCUACUGCGAUCUGCAGUACAUCAGCGUGCGUGCCCUGAGGGAGGUUCUCGAACUCUACCCUGAAUAUGCCAGCAUCUUCACCUCCGACAUCCACCAGAACCUCACCUACAACCUGCGCGAAGGAAGCCAGGAUGAGGGCCUGACCAGGUUCUCCAGGUCACCCAGGCUUUCACACAGCACACGCGGCUCGACCGAGCUCAAGCUCCCUUCAAUUGUGGAGACCAAAGGCGGGGAGCCCGAUGAGUUCUUUCACCUCUCCCCCGCCACACGCUCCCGCCGCAACCUCCUCCUGCCCAACCUCAGCAGCCCAGUCCGCCGUACCUCCCUGGGGAACCUGCUGGGCGACGAGCUGCGCCAGUUCAACGCCCUGCGCCGCUGCCGCUCACCCAACCUCAGCCGCAGUCACCGGGGCCAGAGCCUGACCCCUCAGCCACCACCAAAGAGAGAGCACACCUCCCCAGCAGAGGCCCAGGCCCCCAUCCAGGACCCCUCCCAGGCCUCGGCUCCAGCCCAGGGAGUAUCAGCAGCCGAGCAGAAGCCCUCAAAGUUGCUCAUACCGACUGUCACCUGCUUCGGGCCCCCCGACCUUAGUCCUAGGGUUGUUGAUGGCAUUGAAGACAAUGGACACACGUUCCAUUUCAACGUGGAGCAGAGUGGGCCUAAAGCCAGCACAAGUGGCGUUACCCAGGACUCCAGACAGGCCGCCGGCACUCUGCUGAUGGAGACAGAAGAGGUCAGGCAGAGCAUCAGUCAACUCAACCAAAAGAUGGGCACGUUAAACCAGGAGGUAUCUCAACUCACCAAGGACCUCCACCACAUGAUGCACCUCCUCCAGGCCCAGGUGGCUACACACCACUACACAACCUCACUCCCCUCAUAUCCUUACAGUGUUCAUAUGGUCUCCAACCCUCCUUCAGCCCCCAACACCAGUAUGCCAUUCAACAUGGCUCCCAGCUUGCACCUCAAUCAUGACUCUGGCAGCUUGGAGGGCCAAAGCCAUCUCAAUCUCCCUCCUGUUGGCCAGUGGAGCUACAUUGGAGCUGCUGGAACCCAGUCAGAGAGCCACUACCAGCAUCAGUCCUCUAGUCCAGGACCUACUAACUUCUACCAAUCCCACCCAAUAGACUCAGCAACCAGGCCAGGCUUAGGUCAUGUGUCUGGAAACACCACCACAUACCCUUGGACUGGUCCUUCCCUUCUCAGUAUCAGUCCAGCCUUCCAAGGUGGAAGCUCAGGCCUGACACGUCAUGCUGUGCAUGAAGACUCUGACACUGGGCCUCGCAUCACUCCCCCAACUACAGUCAGCCAGUCCCAGCCCACUUUGUGCCUGCAGCCCCCCAGUGGUAGUGUUGAAUACUCUUGCCUUUUGUCAUCUAGUGCCCCUACAUCUACCCACAAUCUGUUAGUCUCAUCACCCAGCCGUUAUCCACAUCUCUGUCCUCCCUCAGACUCUCACCUCUUCCCUGCACUAACCACACACAGGGACAUCCACACUCUGGCAUCUGACCACCAAAGUGAUAUUAUGACACUCGACACUUGCAACCGCCCUGUGGAGGAGCCACACCUUUCCAUCCACCCAAUCCCCAUCUCACUACAGACCUUCCCCAGUCAGCUGCCAGACCACUCGCAGGAGUCAGAGCCUCCAAGGCCAGAUGCUCUUGAUGGCCACAUCCCACUGGGCGAUCCAUCCGCCAUAGGUCACACCAGUCUGGAGUGCUUGCUGGGGAAGGGGGGCUCCAUGGAGAGCAGGGACAGCGAAAGUGUGUCCUCUCGGAGGUCCAGCAUUGGCGUGCAGACUCAGAGCACAGAGCAGUCAUGGUGUCUGGACCUCACAGACUAG